AUGACAGAGACUGUCUUUGUGUGCUUUAAUAGAUGGUGAUGUGAAGAAUCCAAUGCGAGAGACCAAGAUUUGUAAAUGGAAACUUACAUUUAAAAAAAUAAAUAUGACUAAAAUAAACCCUGAUCAAUCAGAAAUAAGACAGAAUAAAUGAGGGGCCAAAAAAAACUUCAACCUAGAGUAAUGUUACUUAAUAUGAAAAAGCUGAAUGUGAAAAAAGACACAACUGAACAUAAAGAUUUACUGCAGGUGAUUAAACCAAGAACGACUCCAAAUGAGACCAGCAUCUAGACCUUAAAAAAUCAUAAGGACAAACUUCCUUAUGGAUAUAUAAGAACAAAUUAUUAAAAUUAUUUGGAUAAAUUAAAAAAAAGACCUCUGGAGAGAUGACUAAAAGAAAGUAGAUUUUGAGAAUCUCCCUGCUGAUUGGCUGAGAUUCACCCCCAAUAAACUGAUAAACCAUGAUAAACCUGUGUAUAAAACUGAAGAAAACAUUGAAGUUAUUCGUCUGUUUUUCGCAUCUUUGGCUGCAUUCACACAAUGAUGUGGAAAUUGGCUUUUGCUUUCCUUGCUGUUCUGCUUGCUGUCGGGUUUGGUCAAAACCCAGAUGGUGGGACCGACGUAAACGCCAAUGACCCAGAAGUCCAGGCAGCUCUGAAGUUAGCCAUGGAAGAAUACAACAAAGCCUCCCCAGAUAUUUACUUCUUCAAAGUGGUGAAGGUCAUCAGAGCUCAGAUAACGCCUCGGGAAGGUUACAAGUGCACCCUUACUGUGAUGAUAGCAAGAACAGUGUGCAGAAAGGGUCGUCCGGCUAACUGGUGCCCUGUCUUCAUUAAUCCAGAUCGGGCUAAGUCUUAUCGAUGCACAUUUGUUGUGCGAUACAAUGAAUGGGCAGGAAUUUGGAUGCUGGUGGAUCAGGAGUGCCAUUAGGAGACAACCACAUUGAUUCAUCUGGAUUGAAAGUUGUUCUCAAGUUAACUGGAUUAAAACAAAUUGAAGUAGUAUUUGAAUAAUAAAUAAAA